AAUACAUAAUGUUUUUGUUGUAAGCAUGUGAUGGUAGUGUGAUGAUUUUAUAUAAAGGAGCACAGAGGAAAUGAUUCUUAGACUUUAUAGCAUUAUCCUUGACUUCCUGCAAAUGUGUAACGUUUAUUUAGUUCAAUAAAUUAAAGCACUGCACAAAAAGUAAAGCUAAGGUGCCACAAAAGCUUCAGCAAGCACUUUUUCACAUAACUUACUGCUCCCACCUGUGAGGUGUAGAACCACCUUUGCUCCAUAUUUGUCAUAGAGCUGCAGUAAGAGGAGGAGCAACACUGACGAGAGCUUCAACGUCACUCAACAGAAACGAAACUUAACAUUUGUCAGAGUUUCAGCCACGCAGCAGUCGAGACGAGUCUCUAUUUGUGUCUCAAAGACAAUUCAAACAGAUUUCAUCAGGUCUUUAACAACAGCAGAGUCUCUGACAAACACUGACAUGGCUGCUGCAAACUUCCUUCCAUCUGAAGAUCGGUUUCUGUGCUCCAUCUGUCUGGAUGUGUUCACUGAUCCUGUCACCACAUCAUGUGGACACAACUUCUGCAAAACCUGCAUCACUGAACACUGGAAUCAUAACGACCAGUACCUGUGUCCCAUGUGUAAAGAGGUUUUUAACACGAGACCUCAGCUGCAGGUCAACACGUUCAUCUCUGAGAUGGUUUCUCAGUUCAGACAGUCAGCUCAACAGAAAGCCAGCAGCAGCAGCUCAGAGCAACAAGUGUCCAAACCAGGAGAAGUUCCCUGUGACGUCUGCACUGGAACCAGACUGAAGGCCCUGAAGUCCUGCCUGGUGUGUCUGGUCUCCUACUGUCAGACUCACCUGGAGCCUCACCUGACAGCUUCAGGUCUGAAAAGACAUCAGCUGAUCGACCCUGUGGAGAACCUGGAGGACAGGAUGUGUCUGAAGCACGAUAAACUUCUGGAGCUGUUCUGUAGGACCGACCAGACAUGUGUCUGUGUCCUCUGUCCUGUUUUAGACCACAAGAUACAUAAAGUUGUUCCUCUGAAAGACGAAUAUGAAGAAAAGAAGGCAGAACUGAAGAAGACAGAGGCUGAAAUUCAGCAGAUGAUCAAGAAGAAACGAUUGAAGAUUCAGGAGAUCAAGGACUCAGUGAAGCUCAGUAAGAACGAUGCAGACAGAGAGAUAGCAGAAGGUGUUCAGGUCUUCACUUCUCUGAAGGUAACUGUUGAGAGAAGCCAGGCCGAGCUCAUCAGAACACUAGAAGAGAACCAGAAGAAGACAGAGAAACAGGCUGAAGACUUCAUCAAAGAGCUGGAACAAGAAAUCUCUGAGCUGAUGAAGAGAAGGACUGAGGUGGAGCAGCUCUCACAGUCUGAAGACCACCUCCAUCUUCUCCAAAACGUUCCAUCUCUGAGCCCUGCUCCACCCACCAAGGACUGGACAGGAGUCAGAGUCCGUCCAUCACAUGAGGAGACUGUGGUGAGAGCUGUGGCUCAGCUGGAGGAAACACUCAGUAAACAGAUGAAGGAGCUGCUCACUGAGUCCGAGCUGAAGAGGGUCCAGCAGUAUGCAGUGGAUGUGACUCUUGAUCCUGAAACAGCGAGUUCCUAUCUCAUCCUGUCUGAUGAUGGGAAACAAGUGAGUUUUACUGAUGUUUGCAAGUAUUUACCAGACAACCCAGAGAGGUUUUCCAAACACAUUUGGGUUUUAGGAAAGCAGAGUUUCUCUUCAGGCAGAUUUUACUUUGAGAUUCAGGUUACAGGAAAGACUGAAUGGCAUCUAGGAGUGGCCAGAGAGUCGAUCAACAGGAAGGGGGCGAUCACACGGAGUCCUCAGAAUGGUUUUUGGACAAUACAUUUGAGAAAUGGACACCAGUACUAUGCUGCUGCUGGCCCUGAUGUCAGUCUGUCUCUGGCCUCUCGGCCUCAGAAGGUGGGGGUGUUUGUGGAUUAUGAGGAGGGUCUGGUCUCCUUUUAUGACGUAUCUGCAGCUCUGAUAUUCUCCUUUACUGGCUGCUGCUUCACUGAGAAACUCCUCCCAAUUUUCAGUCCUGGUCUUAAUGAAUGUGGUAAAAACUCUGCUCCCCUGAUCAUCUCACCUGUCAGACAGACUGAAUAGUUUAUAUUGACUCAAGGUGACAAAUGUUUAGAUUUUGAUCUCUAAAGAAUCAAUCUUAAUCGUAUGUGAUUCCAUUACAUUAUUUUGAACUGUUCAACUCUCUCAACUUACAUGAUAUGUUAGAGAAUAUCUAAUUAAACUUCUGUAAACUCCAGACAUUUAUUUUCACUCAAGAACUAAAUCAGUUUCUAAAAGACACCAAAAAUGUUGAGCUGAUGUAUUUGUAUUUGUAUUUGAUGUGCAGCCACUGAAAAUGAAAUGUGUCACUGUGUAAUGAAGCUUUAUUUAAGAAUAAGGUCUAAUAUAUUUCAACUGAAUACAGCGUUUAAUGUUAUACCAGCAAUGAAGUGUUAUGUUAAAUUGAUAGAAAAGAUGCAACCCGAAUUUUCUAUUGUGUAUAAAAAGUGGUUUGGCUAAUUAUUUGUCACUUUGUCAAUUUUUGUCAAUUUUUAUCUGUUUUGAGUGUUCCAAUGGAAAGAUGGAUUAUUUUAAUAAAAACCUGUCAAAUAAACUAGUUGUUGAACUUAAAGCCUGAGUAAAGAGUCAACUGAGCACCAAACGCUGAGAGAAAAGCCUCGUUUACACUGAGCUGUAUUUUACUUCUUCUAUAAAAUACUGCACACAUGCUUCCUACAGGUUUAGAUAUUUUUAUGAAGACAAACUGGGAAUUAUGAUGAAUGUUUCCAUCUUUAUCCAUCUAUUAUUUUUGCAGUACUUUUUUCUUGCUGAAAACAAAAUGUAUCAUAUCUUAAAUGUGAUAUGUUGUAAGUUGAUAUUUUUAGGUGCAUACAGGGGAAACACUGAUGCUCAGGUUAUGUGGAGAAUAUCUAUUGAUCUACUGCACAGAUAUUUAUUUUAGGAUCCAGAGAAAAUCACUGUUUCUAAAGGCACCAAAUAUGUUAAGCUGAGGUUCAAGGAUAUUUGCAAAAAAAUAUCUAGAGCUCUUUUUUUUCCUUUAGGUGUGUAGCCACAGAAAUCAUACCCAAUAUUUCAGUGUGUCAUGAAGCUUCAUUGAAGAGUAACACUUAUCAUAUGGACAUGAUGUGUACACAGGAAAUUGUGUAUUUUGUGUGAAAAGUGUUUUGUUUCAAUAUUGUUCACUUUGUCAUUGGUCAUAAUUUUGUGAGUACUGGUGAGAUGGUAUAUCUCUGUAAAUAUGUGAUUGUUACAUAGAAACUAUAAAAUAAAGUACUUGUUGAACACAUGGCCUGUAAGCAGUGACUUUAGCACCAGACACCGAUCAA